AUGACCCCGACAGGGUCCGGAGGCGCUGGGGUCGACGCCCCCAGGAUCCCUGCUGGGGAGGCCAUCUGGCCGCCGAGGGAGACGAAGGGCGGAAAGGGCCCAAUCUCCCCGCCGGCGGCAGACAUGAUUGAGGUCGACUCCCCUGACCAUCCCAAGGAGCGGGCGGUCUGGGAGGAGCUGCAGAUGGGCCCUUCGCCGGCGAGCCCAGUGGCGACCCCGUCCGCAGAAGACGCCGAAGCAGCCGAAGGGCCGGGGGCCCAGGUGACCAUUGAAGCUGCGCCGGCGAGGACCGAGGGGCCGACCCCCGACCCCGCGGCGGCGGCGGCCUCCGACCCCACGCCUUCAGAGUCGGCCGCAGGCGACACGGUCGUCGCGCCCCCGACAAUCGUGGAGGUUCUGCCGACGGGGUCAUCGGGGCCGACCCCCGACCCCGCGGUGAUGACAGAGUCGGAGAUGGAAUGCUCGGCCCCCUCGGGGCUGGACGGUGCUGCCCCGACGCCCACGGAGAUAUCAGGGGCGAUGGGGGCAGGAGCACUCGUCGCGUCGAUGCCCAUCGUAGGGCCAGUGGGCACGCCGACCUCGCCUCUUCUGCAGAGUGGUGUGGUCAUGUCUACUCACGGAAGUGGUGAUGGUUCGAGCCUGCUUGCCCUGACGCAGAACUUUGCUCGGAGGGAGCUCGACUGGGGGCGACUCCGAGGAACGGUGGCGAACGUGGCCAUGCUGAUGCUCACCCUUCUCGGGCUGUCACUGGUGGGUCAGGAGUUCAUGGAGGAGCGCCGGAUGAUGGAGGAGGAGCUGUCCUCGGCUCGACGGGCCUUGGAGGAUGAGCGCAAGGUGAGGAUGGCGGAGCUCAACGCCGCGCGUCAGACCCUGGACGAUGUGCACGCCUAG